AUGAACAUGUCGAACUCGUGCGUUUUUGUGAUCUCCGGACUCCUCACCCAAAUUACUAAGGACAAUCCAGACAAGGCCAACGAAGAGGCGAUAGCAGAUGAGAAGAAGGUUGUCAGUGCUGUAGAUACACUCAUGAACACCGUAGGCGUGGAGAGGGUCAAAGCAUGGCGAAAGCAAUACUACACAGACUCGUUAAUACAUCAGAUAGUGUUCGCGGCUGGCAGCAACUCGGCAACGAGUCAAGCGCUUCAGCGAGGAAUCACAGCUUUAGAACGGUUAGUAUCAACACACGGCAUGGAUAUCAAUUCCCAACGCGGUAGUGAUGGAUGUACCCCCGCACACAUCUCAGGUAAUCAUAUGUCAUACCUAGUAUGUGUGCGUGCGUGUAUGCGAUCUUGUAUGCGACGCAAUGGAACACUGUUGAAUAAGCUGGUAUCUCUGGGGGCUGAUCUCAGUGUAGAAGAUGCGUCUGGCACGAGUGUGCGUGUACAAGACGAAUUGUGGCGACGCUCAGACGAGUUGGCAGAGGCCAUGUUACCACUCUGGGAAUCUGGUAAGGGAUGUACACUGAAAUUUAUCUAUCAAGAAUGA